AUGCUGCUAGUGUCGCAGAUGUUCGCACGAGCAGACGAUCGCGUGCAAUCCGUGCCGCUGAUUUCCGCCCAAGGAGCCAUGUUCGCGCGGAUGACUGAGGGCAGAGCAGACCAUCCGUCAGUUGUGGACCUCCCUUCACUAUUAGAACAGCCAGCUGGCAGCCCCAAACCCUCGAGCAGGGUUGAGGGUUUAGGCGGGAAUAAAGGGGAGGCGCAGGGUGAGAGGGAGUGGCAGGGGGAGGAGGCGGGGGAAAAGGAGGGAGAGGGGGAGGGGGAGGAGGAGCUGUUCUUGCGGCUGGUGGAUAUGCUGAGGGGGAGUAGGCGGACGGAGGGGGGAGGGCAAGGCGACGAGGGCUAUAACGCGCAGCGGCAGCAGCAGCAAGGGGGAAAAAGUGCGCAGUGGCAGGCGGGGGAAGGGGGAGGGCGCGGGGAAGCAGCAGAGCGGGCGGUGGGAGGGGAAGGGGGAGUGAGUGGGGAGGCAGCGGAAUGGGUGGUGGCGGCAGUGGCGGAGAGUGUGGGGGUGGCGUGGGGGAGAGCGCGGCAGGUGGCGCGUGUGUGUGGGGGAGUGCGAGCGAGGAGAGUGUGGGAGAAGAUUGCUCUUCUCAGGAGCCUUCUCAACGCUGCCCCUGUAAAGACCACCCAAGCCAGCAGUCUUAGCGAAAGUUUCCCUUCCGACACCCACAGCAGUCCCACCAAUGGCAGUCUCACCAAUGGCACUCCCACCAGUGGCACUCCCACCAGCAACACUCCUACCAGCAACAGCAACCCUGUAAUUACCACCAGUAGCACCAACCCUGUAAUUAGCACCAGCAGCACCACCCCUGCCACUGCCAUGCCAGCCAGCAACGGCAGGAGUGGUAGGAGCGAGGGGCGAGGGGAUUCCUUGUGGGAGGCUGCUGGUGCUGGUAGUGCUGCUGGGGGCGAUGAAAGAAGGGAAGGGGAAGGAGGGGAGGAGAGGGGUGAGAGGGGAGGGAGAGAAGAGGAGGAUAGAGGGCAUGAUAGUGGGGGAAAGGGGGAAGGGAGAGGGUUCGGAGUGGCUCCUGUUGGGCCGUUGAUUCAGCGUGCGAUCGGACGGCUGGCAGUGAUCGCGAGGGAUGAUGAUGUGCUGCUGCAGAAGUCUCUGGGCUUUUUCCAAAAGCUGGCAGCGCAGCGACGUGGAGUCGCGCUAUUGGACGACCCUUCCACUGCUCUGCCGGCGCUCGUUGCCGGUUUUCCGGAAUUUCUGGCGUGGGAGGAGGAAUCUGAUGCGUCUGGCAAUGUGGAUGGGGAGGAUGGUCUAGAGGCAGACGGAGAGAAGGUGGAGGAGGGAGAGGGGUUGCUGGUCAUGGGAAGGCAGGAACAAGAGAAGGGAGCGCUAGCAAGAGAGGGUAGUGUGGGGAAUGUUUCGGACAGGAAACGGGAGGAAAAAGGAGAGGGAGGAGAGGAGCCGGGUGAGGGGGGAGAGGAACCGGGCAGCCGUUUUGGAACGAGAAUCAGAUGCCCUCUGUUUUGUCCCCUGUGCCGUUUCGGUAAAACCCCAUCCGCCACCUCCCCAUCUGCUGUCUGCUUUCAAUCCCCCUCGCCGUCACAGCUGGGAGUGCGCGUGUGGGACCUGCCUCUAAUAAUCAACCGCUCCCCCCCACUGGGAGUGCGCGUGCGGGACCUGCCUCUCAUAAUCAACCGCUUCCCCCCAGUGCUCUCCCCGUCGGUCUUCCUCAACGCACCAGUGGUCGCCGAUGCCAUCACCAACACUCUCAAGGUGCCAAUCAGCAAGGUCGACCCGAUGCUCACGCGCUGCCCCGAGCUGCUGUCUCUCACUCCGACCAACAGCAUCGCGCCAGCUGGCGUGUUCCUACAGGCCGUGGGGCUGACGCGCGGGGAGAUGGUGCGCGUGCUCUCUGCCAGCCCGUCGCUGCUGUGCCGGCCCAGGCACCAACUGGGGGAGGUGGGUCUGAUAGAAGAGAUGGGGGAGGUGGGUCUACUGGUUCAGCCAGUCACUAGACUGCUGCAGGGGCAUCUCGCCAUCCCUUUUCACGAGCUGCCGCACCUCAUCUUCCGCUGCCCAGGCCUGCUGUGCCUCUCUCACCCUUCCUGCUGCAAGGCAAGGCAGUGUUCCUCACACACCAAGCACUUUCCCCCCACCCAACCCCAUUUCUCCCCCCCCCCUUUUCAGUCACUGGAUUGGCUACAAGAGAACCUCGCCAUCCCGUCCCACGAGCUAGCCCACCUUGUGUUUCGCUGCCCCGGCCUGCUGUGCCUGUCGCCCGCGGUGCUGCACGGCAAGGCGGCGUUUCUCACGGGGGAGGUGGGCGUGACAGCAGCAGAGGAGGUGGCGCGCGUGGUGUGCCGCUUGCCUGAAGUGCUCACCAUGAGCGUCAAUUCUAUGCGGAACAGGAUCUCCUUCCUCUACUCCCGAGGCUUCUCCCGUGCUGACGUGGCAGCCAUGGUGGUUCGGUACCCACCGCUCCUGGGCUACAGUGUUGCUGCGGUGCUUCGGCCGAAGCUGGACUUCUGGCUCGAGGAGGAGGAAAAGGGGGUGCUCGGACUCAACUUCAUGCUUGUGCCCCUGCGCGCGCCUCAGGCCUCUGCUGUUACUGCAGGUGCACCAGCAAGUGAUGGUGGUGCUAGUGGUGGUGGCGGGGUUGGUGGUGUGAGCGGUGGUGCUGCUGCUGCUGCUGUGGGUGCAGCGUCAGGUACUGGCCUUGGUGGUGGUGAUGGUGAUGGUGGUGGUGGUGGCGAUGGUGAUGGUGGUGGUGGUGGCAGUGGUGGUCCUAGUGGUACUGCUGCUGCUGCCUUGCCGGCUCCAACUAGUGGUGAUCAAGCUGCAAGGCGUGUUCAAGGAACCGGCGCCACCCGUCCAGAUUCGCGUAAAAGGUUUCCUGCAGAAGCAGGUGUUUUGGAAAGAGAAGCCCCCUCUGGCGGAGCUUCCCUUGCCUCUGUGGCUGCCAGGUCAGCAGAACCCACUGCCAGGUCACCUGCCACUGGUGCCAGGUCAGCAGCCACCUGGGGAUCAAGGAGAGAUGCCAUGGACCCACCAGUAUCACCAGGAGAGGAGAAGAUCUCUCAGGAAGGGCGAAACUUUUCGGCUAGAAGAGCUGAUUAUUCACCUGAUGCCAGCCGUGGUUCACCGGAAGGUAAGGUGGUAUCGUCUGUUCCUAUGAGGAGAAAAAUGCCUGAAGCAGCGUCUCGGAACAUGGGACUGGAUGGUAGUUCGGCAGGGAUUUUGGAUAGAAAGGGAAGGAGGGACGGAAGUGGGGGCAAGGGUGAUACAUUAGGGUCGAGAGGGGAAGAUGAGUGGAAGAAUCUUGAGGAGUUGAACAUGGAUGGCCACGUGGCACUCGAUCCCCAUUCCCAUUGGUCCCUAGACGAACUUAACCGCGAGCUUGACUCAAUCCAACGGCGCACAGGCCCAGUCCCCGCCAAGAUCCGCCCGCGAAAUGCGGCGCAGUAUGCGGCGAAGGCCUCGCGCCGUCUCCAAACAGGAUCAACAAGCACCGCCGUCGCCGCACCCGCCGCCUUCGGAGACGGCGCUUUUGGCGCUGUACCCUGCUGGGCAUCCGAACCCGGAGACUCCGCGCGAUCUCCGGCGCGACCCCCGGCGUGGAUGACGGCCGGUCGAGGAUCCGCGAGCAGCAGCGGCAGCAGCGACGAGGAGAGGGAGGAGUCAGCUUACGGCGGAGGGUUGGGCGGAAACUUCUAUCCGUCUCCUAACGCGCGCGCGGAAACGGGUAGCGCGGGGAAGGACAGGCGGAAGAGCGCGGGGAGCGGCGGAAAGAAGCCGCGGAAAGCGUCGUUCCACAUCAGCCUUAGCAGCAGCGACUCUAGCGGCUCGGACGGGGAGGGGGAGGUUGGGAAUGGGGAACGGGUCGGCGGAGAUGGGGGAAAGCGGAGGGGAAGUUUAGGCGGGAGGGGGAGUGCGCUGGACGCGGAGAGGCCAGUGGCGCGGCCUGUGAGGCGGGCGGAGGCGGAACUGGGGGAGGUGGAGCGGAAAGUAGCUGCUGAGGUGGAGCUUCUGGAGGAGGCUGAACUGGGGGAGGCGGAACUGGGGGAGGCGGAACUGGGGGAGGCGGAACUGGGGGAGGCGGAACGGGGGGAGGUGGAACCGGGGGAGGUGGUACUGGGAGAGGUGGAACUGGGGGAGGUGGAACUGGGAGAGGUGGAACUGGGGGAGGUGGAACUGGGGGAGGUGGAACCGGGGGAGGUGGAACGGGGGGAGGUGGAAGGGAAGGUCGCUGCUGAGGUGGAGGAGGAGGUGAGGCAGCGGCGGGUGCGGCUGGAGGGGAGGCUGAUGGAGGAGCGGGAGAAGGGGCGGGCAGCCGUAGCUGCGGUGGAGGCACAGCGAGAGGCGGUGCAGGCCACACUGGCUCGGCUAGAUCGGGAGCACUGGCAGGCCGUAGAAGAGAUGAGGGAUUCUCACAUCCGUCGGCUGUCUCAGGAGCACGAGCAGAAAUCGGAGCUUCGGAGAGAGGCGGCGGCGGCAGAGGCUCGGCGCCGAGCCGAGAUCGAAGCUGAGCUUCGGGCAAAGCAGCAGAGGGAGAUGGAGGAGGAGAGGAGGAGGAAGGAGGAGGAGAGAAGAAGGAAGGAGGAGGAGGAGAGGAGGAAGGAGGAGGAGCGGAAGAGGGAGGUGCAGAGGCAGCAGCAGGAGGUGGAGGCGAGCAGGAGAGCAGCCCAGGCAGCAAAAGCAGCUGCUGAUGCAGCCGAUGCAAGAGCAGCAGCAGAGGUGGGUUGGGUUGGGUUGGGUUGGGUUGAGGUGUGGAGCGCUGAGCCAAGGCAGCAGCAGGAGGUGGAGGCGAGCAGAAGGGCAGCCCAGGCGGCAAAAGCAGCUGCUGAUGCAGCAGACGCGAGAGCAGCAGCAGAGGUGCCAGCACAGAGGAGUUCCAAAGUGCAAGUGGCAGAAGGGGCAGCAAAGGAGGCGGAGGCCAGGCUGACACAGCUGAAGGCGAUCUCCUUUCCCCAUUCCCUCUAUUUCCUCCCAACGCUCCAAUCAAGCAGUGCAGAGAAGUUCCAAACGCAGAGGAGUUCCAAAGUGCGAGUGGCAGAAGGGGCGGCGAAGGAGGCGGAGGCCAGGCUGGCACGGCUGAAGGCGAUGCGCGAUGAGAUCGCUCCCAUCAUGGCUGAUAAUGCACGGAAGAAGGACCGCAAGACUGUGGAGCGGCGAAUCAUUCUGCUGGUUCAGCAGAUUUCAGCCACGCACGACCAAAUCGCCAAAAAGUCUGCCGAUCUCACUGCUCUCUUGCGGGACCCAUCCCUUCCCCAGACGUUCGUCGCAAUUACCUUCGCCUCCAAGAUUCUAUCGCAGUGCGAGUCCCAAGUUACCAAGUUACCGCCGUUCGCAUUCGCUCUCGCGCAAGUCAUAGUGAACGUGUCCUCUCAGGCGCCCAUAGCCAUGGAGGCCUUGAUGGCAAGCCUGAAUGAGACCUGCAUCUACACCGUUCCACAGCACUAUGUCUUUUCCGAGGCCUCCUACGCUUGUGAUGAUGCCUAUUAUCAUGAUUUGGGAUACCGGGAGGAAGAGGGAGAGGGCGGAAAGAAGAAGAUGGAGUCGACCGAUGCGUUUAUAGAGAGGAUGACAGGAUACAUCACACUCAUGGCUGCUAUAUGCCAGACCCUCCCACCACCUGGCACCGCAGUGCACCCCUUUGGCUUGUCCCAUGCGUGGCAGUGGUGUGCUCGGCUGCUGAACCACCUUCCGGCCAAUCGGGCGUCGGCCACCGCUCUGGAAGUGUUUCUCAAGAUUGCUGGUUACCGCAUGCACCUUACGUACCGCUCGCAGUUCCUGAAGCUGCUAGAUGUGGUGGGAAACGAGUAUAGGGGCAAGCUGCAGGCGCUGAACGAUGCUGACGUGGCGCCGGUGGUUAACCGAAUCGAGACAUACAUUGGUGUGCAGAGGUAUCUGAGGCCGCCUGAGGGGCUGGAGAUGCCGCUGCAUGAUAAGUCGUCGCAACUCAGAGCAUAG